UGUCGGACAAACCGAACCUUAACGCCUUUCCCUGAACCCAGCCGGCUCAUUCGCUAUACAGGUUGUUCUAGAUCAAAGGGCGUAUCCGCCUGUAGCAACUCAGCAUUGAUUGGUUCUCAGGGGUUCCGGCUUUCCAUUCUCGCCCUUGGAUUGGCCAUACGACACUCUUCUACUCACUGGGCCUGCGCAAGCCGGAGAGAAAAGGAGGGGGCCUCGGGUAAGAUGGCGGCUGCUUCUGCCGGUGUGGGCCGCCUCGAGGAAGAGGCGCUACGGCGGAAAGAACGGCUGAAGGCCCUCCGGGAAAAAACCGGGCGCAAGGACAGGGAAGAUGGGGAGCCACAGACCAAGCAGCUCAGAGAAGAAGAUGACGAAGAUGAAAAGCACAGGCCACUCAGGCUUCGGAACUAUGUUCCAGAAGAUGAAGACCUCAGGAGGAGGAGGGUCCCUCAGGCCAAACCAGUGGCAGUGGAAGAGAAAGUAAAGGAGCAGCUGGAGGCUGCCAAGCCAGAGCCGGUCAUUGAGGAAGUGGACCUGGCCAACCUAGCACCCCGGAAACCUGACUGGGAUCUCAAGAGAGAUGUGGCCAAGAAGCUGGAGAAGCUAGAAAAGCGGACCCAGAGAGCCAUCGCAGAGCUGAUCCGUGAACGACUGAAAGGCCAGAAGGACAGCCUGGCCUCUGCAGUGGACGCCACCAUCGGACAAGAGGCCUGUGACUCUGACUGAGAUGUUCUCCGUGCCCCAUCUGCCCAGCACUCAUCCUGUGGGAAGAUGGACUUAGGCAGGGGUGGGGUUAGGCUGCCAGCACUUCAGGUCUUGAGAACUGAGCCAGCCCAACCGCAUCUCAGCCUCUAUGAGAUGAGGCCAGUUGUCUCCCAAAGGUGCCUACCACCCUGAGUGGGUCUGAGCUGAGUGAGGUCUGUACAUAUGUAUGUAUAUUGAGCUUUUUUUUUAACUUCUGGAAGUAAACUCCCAUGUGUUAAAGGCCUGCCCUGUUUCCUGUUUGC